AUGGUUCAAGGAAACACAAGAUCUGAUGCUGGAAGCUCCAGCCGCGAGUAUGGCAUGAGCUUCGAGGUUGCGCCUGCCGCUUCUGUCCCACUUGGAGCCCCGGUGACCCUACCGGUAGUUGUAGGGGUUCGGCCUGUGGUGGCAUCAAGAGGAGCUGUGCAACUGGUUGCGCAUGCGUCUUUAAGAAACGAAGCAGGCAGCGCACCUGCCUCAGGACUCACGGGGGUUCUCACGUCCAGCGUGCGCAGUCGCAACGGAAACACCACCAGUGGGUACGCGCGAUUUGGGCCUCUUAAGUUCACACAGCCCGGACGCUACAGACUGCGAAUCAUGCUGGGGGCAACGUCAUCGAACGGAGUGACCACGAAGGAAUUUGUCGACUCGGGAGUCAUCCAAGUUCUGGCAGGUGCUGGAGCCGCACGCCCAACGCCGUCACAGGUGGCCAGACUCCAAAGCCUGAUUCCGGAGAACAUCGACAUCACUGCGGCUGAUAUCGCAGCUUGGCAAUCCGCCUAA